ACAGAGUCGAAUGUGAUUAUUCACUUCUCACGUUGAUCAAGUUACAUAUUCACCAAACAAAAACAAACACACAAUGGGGAAAAUACUAGCCUUAUUCUAUGUGUCUUUGAUCUGCCUAGGUCUCUCAGUUUCACCGGUAGACGCCUACGGUAGAAGGCAACUUCGGUUUAAUUCCAAUGGCCGGUUUAAAAUUCUGCAAGUGUCAGAUAUGCACUACGGUUUUGGCAAAGAGACGCAAUGCUCAAACGUAACACCGGAAGAAUUGCCUUACUGCUCUGAUCUCAACACCACCUCCUUCAUACAACGCACUAUCGCUUCCGAGAAACCCGAUCUCAUCGUCUUCUCCGGAGACAACGUAAAUGGAAUGUGCGAGUCAGGUGACGCGGCAAAAACAAUGAACAUGGCAUUUGCUCCGGCGAUCGAAGCGAAGAUCCCAUGGGUGGCCAUUCUUGGGAAUCAUGACCAAGAAUCAGACAUGACAAGAGAAACAAUGAUGAAGCACAUCGUGAAAAUGCCUUACACGUUGUCUGAAGUAAACCCUUUCGGUUCUGGUAUAUUCCCCAUUGACGGUUUUGGGAACUACAAUCUACAAAUCGAGGGUCCUUUUGGGUCGCCUCUCUUCUUUAAAUCCCUUCUCAAUGUUUAUAUGCUUGAUGGUGGAGAUUACGUCAAACUCGAUGGGUUUGCUUUUAAUUAUGAUUGGGUUAAGUCCUCUCAAGUUAACUGGUAUGAACACGCCUCUAAAUGGCUCGAGAUGGAAUACAAGAGGUGGCCUUUUCCACAAAAAAGUACGGCACCGGGUUUGGUUUACGUCCACAUUCCAGUACCCGAAUUCAAACGGUUCACCGAACCGAGGCAGAUGACUGGUGUGAGACAAGAGCAGACAUGUUCUGCACCUAUCAACUCUGGUUUAUUCACCAAACUUGUCGAAAGAGGUGAGGUCAAAGGCAUUUUCAGCGGUCACGACCACGUUAACGACUUCUGUGCCACGCUUAAUGGAGUCAACCUUUGUUACGCUGGUGGUUCCGGGUAUCAUGGGUACGGAAAGACUGGAUGGGCAAGGAGAGUCAGAGUAGUUGAAGCUCAGCUUGAGAAGACUAAGUAUGGACGUUGGGGAGCCGUCGAUAAAAUUACAACUUGGAAACGACUCGAUGAUAAGAAUCAUUCUUUGAUUGAUACUCAACUUCUUUGGUCCAAGAACACAACUCUUGACACAAAUUACAGGUUUAAAUGCAAUAAGAUAAAACAGCACUGAUCAUUGAUUAAACGGAGGAGUUCUUUUAGAUUUAUAGGUUGCUUUGGUUUUAUUAUUUUAUUUUUGUUCAUUACUAUUAGGUUUUAUUUAAAAUAAGACUGAAGACAAUUCAGCUUGUAAUUUUUUUUCAUUUCUGUUACAUUUUACGUUCUAUAUUCUUAAUAGAUCAUUUGAUUUUAUCUAUAAACAAGAGUCAAUGUGAACCUCCCUGAGGUCAAAAUCAUGCUAGAAUUUCAAUUCACUUUAACUCGUUUAAACGCCUAGACAUUUGAAUGUUUCCAUCAAAGACGGCAUGUUGUUUUCUGAGUUGUUCGAGAAGGCCUGAUCUCCUCCAACUAGGGUUUUAGUUUCCACAUCGUCUCAAUAUAACUUUUUCUCUCGUUUCGAAUAGUCUUCAUUCACAUCCACUGAUCCGUUAAUCAGGAUUUGAUGUUAUCUUCACCAAUCUCUAACGAUUUAUAUAGUCGACCACAUCAUAUCAAAUUGAGAUAAACACAGACAUUAAAUGUAUAUUUACAAGUC